UGCUCUUUGUUCUCCUCUACAAAUUAAACCCUAAUUAACUAUCUUUUUUGUUUGUAUACUGUUCUAAAUCACCUGAUCACCUUCUUGUUUUCUUGCAAGAUUUUAUAAACAAAAAAUAAACCCCCCAGUUCUUGUUCUUUAGCGCUUACAAAAAAGUAUGCAUAUGAUUCCAGGAGAUCCUUUUUCUGUAGCAUCUUCCAUGGGAGGGUUUGUCCAUCAAGAACAGCACCUUCAUCAUCUUCAGCAGCAUAUGCCUGACCUUAACCCUAAUUCUAACCCAAACCCUAAUGCUAAACCAAAUUCUUCAUCAGCCAAGAAGAAGAGAAAUCAACCUGGCACCCCAGAUCCAGAUGCGGAUGUCAUCGCUCUAUCGCCAACAACCCUCAUGGCGACAAACAGAUUCGUCUGCGAGAUCUGCAACAAAGGGUUUCAAAGGGACCAAAACUUGCAACUCCAUCGCCGUGGCCACAACCUUCCAUGGAAGCUGAAGCAACGGUCCAACAAAGAGGUGAUAAAGAAGAAAGUAUACAUAUGUCCUAUCAAAACUUGUGUUCACCAUGAUGCCUCUAGGGCCCUUGGAGACCUCACUGGGAUAAAGAAACACUAUAGCCGCAAGCAUGGCGAAAAGAAGUUUAAGUGCGAUAAAUGUUCUAAGAAAUAUGCUGUUCAAUCUGAUUGGAAGGCUCACGCGAAAACUUGUGGCACUCGUGAGUAUAAGUGCGACUGUGGCACGUUGUUCUCAAGGAAAGAUAGUUUCAUCACGCAUAGAGCGUUCUGCGAUGCAUUGACAGAAGAAGGUGCGAGAAUGAGUUCACUUAGUAAUCCGGCGAUCUCUACAACAACCAAUCUUAAUUUUGGAAAUGACUCACAUGUCAUGGAUAAUUUAAACCUUCCACAAGGAUUUGUCCACCGAGGGGUUCAUCAUCCUGACAUUAAUGCUGCUAUCUCUCAGUUCGGUUUAGGGUUCGGACAUGUCCCAAAUUCAAUUCAUGCGCAAGGUUUAUCCGAGAUGGUACAAAUGGCCUCCACCGGGAGCCACCACCUCUUCCCGUUGCCUUCAUCAUCAUCCCUCCCUGAUUUCACAGGCCACCACCACAACCAACAAUUCCAAAUUCCCACGACUUCUACAAACCCUAAUCUCAGCUUAUCAUCAUCACAACAAACCUCAGCUUCACUACCAUCAUUGCAUCUACAACACCAAACCGUGAAAGACUCUUCUUUCUCCCCAAUCUUCUCGUCCGAGUGCAAACAAAACAAGUCACUCUCUCCAAUGUCUGCCACUGCACUCUUACAAAAAGCUGCACAAAUGGGAUCCACUAGAAGCAACUCCACCACCGCUCCGUCCUUCUUCGCCGGCCCAACAAUAACGUCAUCCCCAUCCGCCGCUUCUCCUCCUCGUUCAUCUUCUCCAAUGAUGAUCCAACAACAACUCAGCAACAACUUCAACACCAAUGUCUCAAGAGAGAACCAGAAUCUUGCUCCUCCUAUCAGUGGUCUAACCACGAAUAAUGUGGAUAAUAAUAAUAAUUCAUUUCAAUCAAACCGGUCAGGUCUUAACCCGGCUCAACAGAUGGGCUUAACCCGGGAUUUUCUUGGAGUGAGCAACGACCAUCACCAUCACCAAACGGGCCACCGUCCCUUUUUGCCACAAGAACUCGCAAGGUUUGCUCCACUGGGUUAAUUAGAUACGAUGUUACUACUAUAGAAUGUGGGCAGGGAUCAAGAGAAAGAUGGGGGGAGGGGACAAAUUUUUUGGGUUUGUUUAGGAUUGGAAGUUUCUUUGAGGAGACAAGUCUAAGAACCGCACCCCUUGUGAAGGGGUUGGAGUGUGGGGACAAAGGUUGACAAGACAUAUAUCCAUCAUACUAUGAAUCUACAUUAAAUGCUUUGUAC